UUGGUCGCGCGACUGCAGUCGCAAAACAGUUUAACCAAUCAGCGAAGACCAGAAGUGACGUCAGCCUUUGUUUACAUCCGGCCACCUCGUAUGUUAUUUUUUUUCUCGUUGCGCUUGCCUACUGCCGUGAGGUACGAACGACACGUACGUUCCUCCGUGGAUUUUUCCUCGCAUCAGGCGAAUGCCACCACGGCCAGCUUUGGGUACUCGGCCGAGCUCCUCAUCGACGCGAUUAAAAUGUACCCAUAUCUGUAUGACAAGCGGCACCCUUCUUUUAAAGACCGGACAAAGAAGGACCGGGCUUGGGCAGAGAUCGGAAGCAUGUUCGGCAUGUCGACAGCCACAUCACAGCAGAAGAGGCUAACGAGAGAUCACCGCCUCGGCCAAGCCAUGCAGCGGAACCGGAACGUACCCCUGAUACGGCUGAGGAGACUGGUGUCGACACCUGCAGCAAUGAUGAUGCUUCAGCAACCACCUCAAGAGAGCAGCCACCAUCAAAACGGUCACGCUCGUCAAGACGACAACGGACCUGCGAGGGCGCUAGCAAUGCAGGAGAGGGCACAAGCCAUGAAGCUGUGGCGCAAGCGUGCAUGGAGCACCUUGAACACAUCAGAGCGAACAAGGGGGUCAUCAAAAAAGAUAACAUUGGUUUCUUCGCUCUACGUACCGAUGCACGCCUCAGAGAGCUACCAGUGCACAUUGCACAAGAUGUAAUGCAUGCAGUAGAACUUAUGCUGUAUGAAGCAGAGGCAAAAUUGCAUCAGAGCAGUGAAGCAAAUUGAAGUGUUUAUAUAAUGUCAAUGACACCCAUCUUUUUUUAUCUUGUGUUCACUUUUCUAGUCUCAACUUAAAGGGGUCAUGACUGGUCACUCAACAAUUGAUGGUUGUCAGCAAAAAACAAAACUACAGAGUAAAAUGUGCUAGUACACGUGUGAAAAGGGGCCUUAAGAGAUCAUUUUAAUCAAAAAUAUGCCGUAGAAGUGCUCGGCUCCUUAAACUCAACCUACCACAAGUGACCGCCAUUUUGUCAUGGCAUGCGAG